CUCUAACGCACUUAGAGGAAACAGCUCAACCCUGUGCACAUUCUGCUCUGAACAUCAUCAAGUCAACCGCAGUGGAAGGUCUGUCCUGCAGAAAUCUCUAAGACAGCUCUUCUCCUUAAAGAACAAUGGAUUCAUAUGAUUAUCAAGAUUAUAACUAUAGUUACUCUGACAAUUUGACUCCAUACGAGGAACCGGUUUUUCAGCACAAAUCCACAUGUUUAAACAAUGUCUUGUGUGUGUUUUUGCUGGUGGCCAGUGUGGUCAUUUUCGUGCUGGGCUUCUUUGGGAAUGCCCUGGUCAUCUGGAUUUCUGGCUUCAAGAUGAAGAAGACAAUCAACACCACCUGGUACUUGAGCCUCGCCAUCUCCGACUUCGUCUUCUGUGCCUUUCUCCCGUUCAGCAUCACCAACAUGGUGAUGGAGGACUGGGUCUUUGGCCUCUUCAUGUGCAAGUUCACCUCCUCCGUUAUGUUCGUCAACAUGUUCAGCAGCAUUUUCCUCCUGGUCAUCAUCAGUGUCGACCGCUGUAUCUCCGUCAUGUUUCCAGUUUGGGCCCAGAACCAGCGCAAUGUUAAAAAGGCGUCCAUUGCUGUAGUGAUGGCCUGGUUUCUCGCUGUCACUCUGAGCAUUCCCUCUGCCAUCUUUCGGGACAUUGGCACCCACCUGGGUAGGACUUCUUGCUUCAACAAUUAUACAGUGAACCAACACAGUCACAAGAUAGUUGCAGUGAUCCGCUUCCUUGCAGGAUUUGUUGUCCCUUUCAUCAUCAUCAUUAUUUGCUACUCGGUCAUCAUCUUCAAACUUCGCACCAACAGGAUGACCAAGUCCUCCAAACCCUUCAAAGUGAUGUCCGCAUUAGUCGUCGCUUUCUUCGUCUGCUGGCUGCCCUACCACGUGUUCGUCCUACUUGAGCUGAACCACCAAAACUACAACCACAGUAUUUUAGUCAUUGGACUCAAAGUAGGCACCUCUAUGGCAGCAGCAAACAGCUUCCUCAACCCAGUGCUGUAUGUUUUCAUGGGCAACGACUUCAAGCGGAAGUUCAAGAGCUCUGUGCUCUCAAAAAUGGAGAAUGCACUGGGAGAAGAAAUCCGCACCACCAGCCAAUACCUGUCCAGGUCCAGCUCUGUGGACAGAAGAGCUUCUACACACAUCUAGAGGUAUCUCCAAAACCCUUUCACUCUGGGCACUCAUUUGACAACAAAAUGCUCUUUCUAAUUAUGCAAUUAAUUAACAAGAUAACAAAAUAUGCCUCUGCUUGUGGAAACACACACAUUAAUAAAAUUUGUACUGAUUCAUUCUGAAAAUGAGCAUUGUUGUUGCACUUUUCUGCUCUUGGCAGGAUAAAGAUCUCUGCUCCCAAAGUAGGCUCACAAACACAGAAUGUGGUUGAAGAAUCUGCAAGUUUGAGCCAAUAUCUAAACAUGUACUUAGCUCAUGUUGCAUUGCAGGAUGGGUGGAAUCAGUCUCAUCUAGCAGACCGAGUGUUUUCAGAACAGUGUCUGUGCAUGGUUUUGCAGGCAAUUUUAACAGCAGCACACAGAGGAAUUAUAGUUGUAAAAUAAAGGGGCUGUAAAAUAUAUCUUUUAAUACUAAACUCACAAAAAUGUACCAUCAUUAUUUUUGUUAAUUUGAUGUAUAAGUGAUGUAAAGUUGAUAUUUGCUUCCUUGACUUCUGAACGGAAAUGAUAAGCUUGAUGCUCAUAGCAUCAAAGCAACCAAUGAGUGGUUUUUCUUUUUCAUGCACAUGAAACCUCAACUGGCCUCACACCCAUGAAAAGAAUGUUUUUUGGUUUUGCUUACUGACACCACAGCACACAGUUAUUUUUGUUGCAGCAUUUACAAAUAGGGGGAUGUUGAGGUUGAGUUUUGUGCAAUGCAGUUAGUUCUCUUAUGAAUGAGCAAGUAAGUAAAGAAAUAGCAGGAGUCCUCCACUGCUAUUCAUUCUCUAAACAUGUUUUGAAAGGGGUUUGUUUUGUAAGAUGAAUGUAUCUUUCUAACAACUCAGUAUAGCAGUCAUGAAAUCAUGAUGCAGUACAAAUACCAGACACACAGCUGUUAUUAACAGUUGGCAAAAACAGUUUGUUGAAUGGACAAGUAUUUCUUUUAUUUCAUGUGUGAGAACUGUACAUUGAAUGUGAUUUGUGCAAUGAGUGUUUCAAUGUUUUUUUUUUCCUUGUUUCUGUUUUCUGAAAUGAAGCUGUAACUAUUACAACCAGGUCUUUGAUGUGUUCUCUAAUCUCUCAAUAUUGGGGUAUUAUUUGCAUUUUGAAGCUAUAUUCUUGAAAUAAAUGAAGUAAUCCCAUGUUGAGAAAAGUA